UUAUGAUCACACAUAUAAGCAUUGAAAUGUAUCAUUUAAUAGUUUUACCACAAUAUAAAUUGAGAAAUCAAUAUAUUUCUACAAAUAUAAGGAAAUAUUAGGCCCGGGGUAAAUCAUGCAAUUUGUAAACAUGGCUGCAAACGGGAAAGGUGGCUUGUUGGCACGUUCAGAUUUUCCACUAUACACGGUGAAUGCGUUAGACGAAAGACAUUUUAUAGUUGCAGGCGGUGGAGGUGCUGCAAAAACUGGAGUUGUGAAUGCAAUUGAGGUAUAUGAAGUAAAACAGACAGACAAUAAGUUGAUAGCCAGCAGUAUAGGUAGACAUGACACAGGAACUAAAGCUGUUAUGAACGGAUGUUGUCACUAUGAUGGUAGAAAACACAUAUUAGCAGCAGGAUUAGAUGAAAAGUGUCACACAUACUCAUUAAAAUAUAAAGUUGUUUCUCCCAAGAAAAACUCAGGUAAAACAGAUGACACAGUUCGGAAAAGAAAAUCUAAUGAUGGCGCUGAAGAAAAUGGAACUAAACAAAUUAACUUUGACAUUGAAGAAUUAGACAGUUUUGAAACCGACUUUAAUGAAGAUGGAAGUUUUCAGAAAACUGUACAAUUUAGUAUGGAUCAGAAAUUUUUAGCAACAGGUGGUGCUGAUGGGUUUCUUCGUGUUUGGAAGUACCCUGAACUGAGUAAGAUAUUUGAAGUCCAUGCACACAAAGGAGAUAUUGAUGAUGUAGCCAUCAGUCCUGCAAAUGAUAAGAUAGUAACAGUUUCUAGAGACCACUGUGCCUGUGUAUGGAAUGCUAAAGAGGGGAGUAAAGACUGUGAACUCAAAUGGCCAUUAAGUGAUCAGUAUCGGCAUAGAGCAUGCAAAUAUGGUUUAAUAGAGGGAAGCAAAGAACAUUAUAAUUUGUACACAAUUAGUAUACCUGUAAAAAGAUCACAGAAUCCAGCACCUUGUUACCUCGCUAUGUGGGAUAGUAAAAAAUUUACAGUUAAACGAAUGGUCAGUACUGGAAUGGAGGUGCUGUCAGCAUUGGCUAUCAGUGAUGAUGGGACUUAUGCUGCUGUAGGUACAAUCUCAGGAAGUGUGGCUGUCUUUAUCUCUUUUAGUUUACAGAAAUUAUAUAGUGUCAGUGAGGCACAUAAUAUAUUUGUGACAGGUUUAGAUUUUUUACCAAGUUCUAAAGCCACAGAGGCAGUGACGGGAGAUAAAGAUUUCACAUUACUCAGUAUAUCAGCUGACAAUACCAUUCGUGUUCAUCAAGUUGCCAAACGAGGAUCAUACAGUAUAGUGUUAUUACUUAUUGGACUGGUAGUUAUAGUUGUGUUAUUAUUCAUCUUCAUGGCAGAAAUGGGAUUAUGACAAGAGUUAUCCCCCAUUCUUAGAUGGCAGCCAUUAACAUUCCAUCAAAACUAGUGGAUCUGAUUGGUAGAUCAUCAUUGGAUUAAUUGAACUUCAAAGUGAAUUAAAAUUACAAUGCUGUGAUAAACAAUUAACUUUUUUUUAUAUUGAUCUUAUUAAAAGGGAUGAGGUAUACAAUAUUUUAUAUGCUUUACAAUGUACUAAAUAUAACUUGCAAUCAUGAUAUCAGCUGGCUGGUUAAUUAUUUUAAUUCUAAUAAAUCUGAUAUUAUAAAAUAGAUAUGGUUGACCACUGAAAAAAAAAUUAUUUGAUUUUAUGGUUGUUCCAAAAUUUUGACUAUCUGUUUAUAAAAAUGAUAUUUACUGUAAAUUCUUAGCUCAAAAAGGAGGUAAUUUGUUGAUUAUGGAAAAUAACUCUUUUAGUUAGAUCGAUUUUUCAACAAUACAUGAAAUUCACUUAUAGAAUUGGUUAAUUUCAGAGACAUUAUAGCACUAAUAUUGCUUAAUGAUAUAGAGAAACCUAUUUACUCGCUUCUCAUUGUCAGAUAGGCUUUUUAAAAAUAAUGUCACACAUUUAACCAUAAUAUUAAGUGGGGAAAAUUGCAAUUUAAAACCGACGCAUUUAGAUUAUUUGUUAACUGUUGAAGUUUUCACUGGUUAUAUGUUAUGUACUUGAUUUGACUUAUAAAAGGGUCUAUUUAUGAAGUAUUUGAUAAAGAUAAGACCUAGUUUCACUGGCUUAUAAUCCACAAGACAUUAAACUUUUGUCUGUCAGUUGUUUUUAAAAAGAAAACCUAUCACUUUUACAACAGUACAAAAUGUAGAUAUCAUGUCCCUAACAUUUCAGGUCAAAAGACAUUCAUGUUGAGUUUUUGUCUCCCUGUCACAAAAUGAUCUGCAUAAAGCUAAUAAUUUUACUCAGGAACGGAACAAAAGUCCAUAGGAUUUCUUGAUAAGAAGUUGUAUGUUAUUUGAUGUUCCACAAAGCAAUCCAGUGACUUUUCAUUUCUACCUACCGGUAUCAUAUGAUUCUCAAUCUUCUUUGGAAUAGGUAGAAACUCAACAUAAUUCCUUCAUAUAGAUUGUUGUUGUUAUCAUUUGGUUCUUUCCCAUUACUUUACAUUGUCAAUGGAAACUCAAUGGAAACUUCUUAGUUUAUUUAGGAAUGUAAUGAAAGAACUGCAUUAACAUGUUUAACAUGCAAUUGUGCCUUUCAAUUUUAUAUUUCAUUUUUCAGUUAUUCAUAUAGAGUUACAUCUUAUAAUAUUGUACACUUAUGUUUUUGAGCAUAAAACCAACCUUAUUUUGUUGUAUUUUAGAACCAGCCUUUCUCUAGUCUUUAAAUAUGUUCUAGAUACACUUGUUUACAUAUUGUAAUUUUAUUUAGUUCUUGUAGAGGUUAUUUUAUCUGUUAAAGGUUAUAUAUUUAUUUUUAUUUAUUAAAUGAUUUAUGAAAUCACUAUGUAUGAAAAAUAUCAAGCAAAUAAAUAAAAAUUGAAACUUU